AUGGACUCACGCUUGAAAUGGAAGGCUACAGGCUUGCUGACUUGGCUUCUAGCCACAGAAAUAGCCCACUGUCUCCCGCAGGUGGGAAGUGAGGUAGAACCUACUCUGCAAAACACAGCUACCGAGCCUGCAAGUGCCUUUGAGACUCAAUAUCCACCUUCAAACAGUGAAGAGAGGCUCCUUAUUCCCAAGUCCUACCCAGUGUAUCGAGUAGCUUUGGAACAGGACGGUCAUUCAUCCCAGCAGCCUUUUCCACAGGUUGACGUUGUCAAAUUCGUUGGCAGCUUAGAAGAUUUGUUGGGCUCAGGUGGUAAUACUACUGCACCAGCACCGACUGCGACAAGACAGCCUACUGGUACAGAAAAAUCGGAUCCUAUUCAGGGGACAAUUUCACCUGAACAGCCCUCAAACUCGGGGCCAAUUCCUACAGCUGGAUCUGUGACAGACUUACCGCAGACCAAACCAAGUACUACUGCACCAGCACCGGCUACAACAAGACAGCCUACUGGUACAGGGAAAUCGGAUCCUAUUCAGGGGACAACUUCACCUGAACAUCCCGCAAACUCAGGGCCAAUUCCAACAGCUGGAUCUGUGACAGACUUACCGCAGACCAAACUAAGUACUACUGCACCAGCACCGACUACAACAAGACAGCCUACUGGUACAGGAAAAUCGGAUCCUAUUCAGGGGACAACUUCACCUGAACAUCCCGCAAACUCAGGGCCAAUUCCAACAGCUGGAUCUGUGACAGACUUACCGCAGACCAAACCAAGUACUACUACGCCAGCACCGACUACAACAAAACAGCCUACUGGUACAGGAAAAUCGGAUCCUAUUCAGGGGACAACUUCACCUGAACAUCCCGCAAACUCAGGGCCAAUUCCAACAGCUGGAUCUGUGACAGACUUACCGCAGACCAAAUCAAGUACUACUGUGGCGCACGAGUCCGUUGACACGCUUUCUUCACCCCCGGUUGCAUCAGAUCCUCCCAAAACCAUGCACGGCCAAGAUAUCUUCCAGCCGGUUGCGACUGGUCCUGUCCCUGCUAAUAUCAAGUCUCGAAAUGACCACCCUGUGCAGAACCAGCACGCCAAUACCACGGACCCUAUUGCGACAAAUAAGUUCUACGCCGGGCUUUUCCUGGGCUCUCAGACCAAUGCUACCUUCGCUCAGCCCUACUCUCUGGCAUGGUCCAGGGGAGACGGUUCCCUGAAGAGCUGGGGUAUGACUGUCUCCCAUGUCCAGCCUCACAUGCUCGCAUACGGACCUCCGAACAACAAGAUCCCUGGAAACCCAGUGCAGUACUACAUCAAUCCAGUGGGUAUUCAACAUCUGGUUUUGUCUGCCGCCGAGCUUGAUCAGUCUUCUAUCAUGAACGUUGAACAGCCAAAGGCUUUCUCGGCCCACGCUGUGAUCAAACGCUCCGCUGGCUCGACUCAGCAGAUUACCUUCCCCGUUGUGCAAGGCAUGGGCUACGCAACAGCUGUGUACAAUGAUCUGCAGCCCCUGAUUGAAAGUGGUGUUUUCUUCCGCAAGGUCGUCAGCGCCGGUUCGCCUAGGCCCGGCAUCUUCAAGUACCAGGUUUUCCUUGAGGAUGACAUGACCUGGCUUGUAUAUGCCACUCCGGCUGAUGGCAAUGAUCCGAAGUUCAAACUAGUCUCAAAUUCCCUUCUUCGUGGUCCCACGGGCUUCUCCGGUACUAUCCAAGUUGCGAAGAAUUCCGCGGGCGAGUCUGGCGAGAAGUUCUAUGAUAACUCGUCUGGUGUCUACCCAGUGGCAGGAGAGAUCUCCGGCUCUGUCACAGAUGAUGUGGGCAGCUACACUCUCUCAUGGACCAAGGCCGGAAAGGACAUCAAUGGUACUCCUCUGAUCAUGUUUGCCCUACCCCAUCACGUCCACUCCUUCGAUAAUGCCACCCAGGGCCGUAUCACCGAUAUUCAGCUUCGCACUACGACCAAGGGCAACUCCACCGCCGUGAUCGGAGAAAGCUGGACUAUGGUCGAACAAAACCUCCCCAUCGAUAUCGGAUUCGCCCCGUGGUCCACCACCCAUGGCAGUGUCCACGAGCUCUCAGCCGCAGCCCAGCACGCCAUUCUCCAGGCUGCUCCCAGCGAGCUCCAGCAGAACAUUUCAGACCAGACAGAUCUCAAUAGCAUGUACUACAGCGGCAAGGCGUUGAGCAAGUUCGCAACGCUCGUCUAUACAGUCAACCAGCUCGGCAACAACGUCGAUCUAGCAACAGACGCCUUCCAACAGCUGAAGAAAUCCUUCGAUCUAUUCGUGCAGAAUAAGCAGCAAUACCCGCUCGCCUACGACGCUGUCUGGAAGGGCGUUGUGUCGACGGCCGGCUACGAUGGCGACCUGAACCAGGAUUUCGGAAACACCGCAUACAACGACCACCACUUCCACUACGGCUACUUCAUCCAAGCAGCCGCCAUCAUCGGCUCUCUUGAUCCCAGCUGGCUGGCCGCGAACAAGGAGUGGGUCAACAUGCUUGUUCGGGACGCUAGUAACUCUGUUGCAGAUGAUCCCCACUUCCCAUUCUCGCGCUCGUUCGAUUGGUAUAACGGUCACUCGUGGGCGAAGGGUUUGUUCGAGUCUUUCGAUGGCAAGGAUCAGGAAUCGACCUCGGAAGAUACCAUGUUCGCUUAUGCGAUCAAGAUGUGGGGACAGACGACCGGUGAUGCUAGCAUGGAAGCUCGUGGUAAUAUCAUGCUGGGCAUCCUGGGCCGGUCUCUUAAUAACUACUUCUUGAUGGAGGAUGAUAAUGUCAACCAACCUGCGAACUUUACUGCGAACAGGGUAACUGGAAUUUUAUUCGAGAACAAGGUCGAUCACACGACCUACUUCGGUGCCAACCUCGAAUUCAUCCAAGGUAUCCACAUGCUACCGCUCAUGCCACACACACCCUUCACACGACGAAAGGAGUUCGUGAACCAGGAAUGGCAGGCAAUGUUUGCUGAAAAUGCCUCAACCCCGGCCUCCAAGGUCGAGGGCGGAUGGAGGGGUGUGCUAUACGCCAACUUGGCCCUCAUCGAUCCGAAAUCGGCGUGGGAAUUCUUUGCCCAGCCGAAUUUCGACUACAGCUGGAUUGAUGGCGGGGCUACGCGUACUUGGUACCUGGCAUUUGUUGCUGGUCUUGGUGGUGCUCCUUAG